AUGAACAUAUUUAGUUUUGUUUUAUUUUUUUACAUCAAAUACAAUUGCACCAGGUUAACGCAUGCCUAUAUUAUUAAAUGCUUCCUUGAUGCAUGUAUAAAUAAUAUGUGCUUAAAUCUUCAAGUAUACACAAAAAUCUCGACAAUUUGUCAACAUUUAGCAAGAAGCGGUGGUACGGAGAAAUACUCUUCACAACAGGAUAUACGUAAUUCAAAUUAUGUACGACUGCUUAUGUGCUUCGUUGUUCGGGUAAACCACUAUUUUCAUUGUGACAUAUAUCGAUCAAGCAUAUUCACCGACCAAGAUGGCCUACAGUUUUGAAUCAAAUGAACGGGCGAGCUUUAAAGCUUUGGAUUACGUUUUAUUUGGAUUGACACUAACGUUUUCGGCGUUAAUUGGCAUAUUCUACGCUAUCAAGGACCGUAAACGCCAGAACACGAAGGAGUUCCUGUUGGCGGGCCGCGACAUGAACCCAAUACCGGUGUCGCUGUCACUCGUGGCGAGUUUCAUGUCAGCCAUCUCGCUUCUGGGCACGCCGGCGGAGAUGUACAACUACUCGACCAUGUACUGGUACAUCGGACUCUCCUACCUUCUUGUUAUCGCCGCGGCGGCGCACGUCUUCGUACCCGUCUUCUACAGGCUCCGUUGCACGAGCGCCUACGAGUAUCUCGAGUACCGAUUCAGCCGCGGAGUAAGGACGGCGGGCUCCCUGACUUUCUGUAUCCAGAUGAUUUUGUACAUGGCCGUAGUAAUGUAUGCUCCGUCGGUGGCGCUUAACGCAGUGACGGGGUUUCCUCUGUGGUGGUCAAUCAUCGCUGUCGGCAUCGUUUGCACCUUCUACACUUCUCUGGGCGGUAUGAAGGCCGUGCUAUGGACGGACACAUUUCAGGUCCUGGUGAUGUUUGGCAGCCUGUCCGCCGUCGCCAUCAAGGGAAUGGACGAAGUGGGGGGUCUUAAGAACGCCUGGUCACAUUUUGACAUCAGUGGAAGGGUGGUUUGGGACGACUUCAGUUUCGACCCGAAAGUUCGCCACACGGUGUGGGCGCUGGUUGUCGGGGGCUGGUUCAUGUGGAUAGCCAUUUACGGCGUCAACCAGGCGUCGGUUCAACGUGCAUGCUCCUGCUCAUCGCUGAAAGAGGCGCAAAUCGCGAUGUGGAUCAACUUCCCCGGCAUGUGUCUUAUCCUCUACAUCAGCUGCUUCAUUGGAAUCGCCAUGUACAGCCUUUACCGGACCUGCGACCCCAUCAAGUUCGGUCUCGUUGCCGCAAGCGAUCAGUUGCUACCCCUGUUCGUGAUGGAUGUGCUUGGCAAAGUGGAAGGAGUUCCGGGCCUAUUUGUCGCCUCCUUGUUUAGCGGCACCCUAAGCACUAUAUCGUCCGGCAUGAACUCUAUCGCCCUGUGCAUUCUUCAGGAUAUAAUCAGGACGUACUGGAUAAAGAACAUGACCGAGGAGAGGGCAACCACCUGGUCCAAGGUGUUAGCUGUUAUAUUCGGUUUGGUAUGCCUCGGACUGACCUAUGUUGCGUCAUUGCUGGGAGGGAUAUUGCAGGCCGCACAUUCUCUGUGGGGGAUGAUCGGGGGGCCGCUACUUGGCGUCUUCGUGCUAGGAAUGUUCUUUCCAUGGUCCAACACCGCGGGUGCCUAUGCAGGUCUGAUAGUCAGCUUGGUGUUCAUGUUCUGGAUUGGCAUCGGUGCCUACAUCACGGAGGUCAGGAAUACAAUCCCGAAAGCGCCUGUGGUGCUCAGCGGCUGUAACUGGAACCUCACCACCACCGCCGCCACCGCCACCGUCAGCGCUAUUAACAUGAGCACCACCGCCACGCCAUAUAUUACGACCGAUAUCAUAACAACGAUUAAUUCCGUAAAUGUCACAACCACAGUAGCAGAACAUGAUGGAGGUAUUUUCUUUCCGCUCUACUCGCUCUCCUAUAUGUGGUACAGCGCUACGGCGGUGGCUGUCGUCGUCGGGGUCGGGCUAAUUGUCAGCUUCAUAACUGGAGCUAACAAGCCCAGUGAGGUGGACCCUAAUUUGCAGAUCCCUUUAUUUGACAUCUUGUUCCCUUAUUUGCCAGAGGUGAUUUUAAAACCUCUGCGAUGUGGAGUCGUUUAUGACGAGGUGAAAAGGGGAGACGGCAAUCGAAGACACACGGCCGCGGAUCUUAAGAAUUCCGAUAAAGACAAUUUCUUAAACAUUGAGAUGGCAGAGCAGAAAUCUGACGCUAAACAAACGUCGCACAUAACGGAAACGUCGCCAAUGGUGUAGCCACAGUUGAUAGCCCCAGAUUCCGGGCCAAUGGUCAUGUGACCGAACAUGACGGGAAUGUUCUGACCGUGCAUUUCUGAGUGGACCAAAGACGGAACGUGUUUUGAUCGGAAGGGGAUGCCUUAACUUGUUUGUGAUAUUUCUGUGUUUGUUUCAUAGCACUGAAGAUAUAGAUCUGUUCACGACGUGUAUUGUAAUAAGAUGCUUUUUGUUCAUUUCGUAUUAAAACGUUGUAAAUACAUAGGGGAUAUUGAAGGAAUACGCUGUUCCGAUAUGUUGUAUUGCACGAGGCGAUUGUGUGACAUCGGAACACCGCAGCCUUGAAAUAUUCCAUUUUUUACAAAUCUUCUUGUGGUUAAAAUGUCACCAACGCAAUAAAUACGUAUAAAUUCUUCAAAUAAGAA